UGUAGUUGCUAGGAGGAAGUAGUCCCGUAGCCAUGGGUGGAGCUAGCCGAUGUUUAGAUUUGGAGAGUAGCGGCAAGGAACCCAAUGUCGGCGGUUGACAGUGUUUUGCUUGCUUGGAUUGACACGGAGGCGCUGAGCCUCUAGCUUGUAUAAUAUUGCGGUGUAAUUAUCUGGUUGUCUUUAAUUCUACAGCGAUAUGGGCUACAAGACGGAUCAGUUAUUAAUCGUUGUCUCCAUCCCAGAGGGUCGCCAUUUUCCGAAGCGCUCCAGACAUAUGCUUAUUGUAGAAGCAAAGUUUGAUGGUGAACAGUUAUCUACAGAUCCAGUGCCACAUCUGGAUCAACCACAGUUUGCUACAGAGUUAGCCUGGGAAAUUGAUAGGAAAGCCCUUCAUCAGCACAGAUUACAGCGAACCCCUAUUAAGCUUCAGUGUUUUGCCUUGGAUACAUUAACAUCUGCAAAAGAAUCCGUUGGAUAUGUGGUGUUAGAUUUAAGGACUGCUCAAGAAAAGAAACAAGUGCCAAAAUGGCAUUUGCUGUUGAGUAGCAAGUACACAAAAUUUAAGCCUGAAAUACAGGUAAACCUCUCAUUGGAAAUAGAUACCAAACCCACAGAAGAUGGGUUUAAAGCAAAGGAAGCUCCCCCAAGAAGCAGUAAAGGAUCUUUAGUUGGGCUGGAACCAAAGAGUCUUGUUCCUAUUUUGAUUGAGGCUGAGGGCUACCACCAGGUUGGGCCAGAUGAGUACUGCCGAGACUUCUUUGUGCUGUCUGUAACAGUUGCAUUUGCAACACAAUUAGAGCAGUUGAUUCCAAGUACUUUAAGGCUCCCAGAACCACAGCCAGAAUUUUUCUUCUACUACUCAUUACUGGGAAAUGAUGUCACUAAUGAACCCUUCACUGAUUUGAUAAAUCCUGAGUUUGAGCCAGAGCGAGCGUCUGUAAGGAUACGCAGCAGUAUAGAAGUGCUUUGCAUGUAUCUUACUGCACAGCCUAAACUCCAGAUUCAUCUUUGCUGUGGGGAACAGUCUCUUGGCAGCACAGAUAUCCCUUUAACAACAUUAAUAAAGAAAGCCAGUACAGAAAUAGAGCACCACCCAGUGGUGGUUGAAGGUGAAUUCAUCCUCACACCACCAAAUCGAACAAAACAGAAUCUUUCUUCUGUGCCAGUGGAAAUGUCUCCAACUAUUGGAGUAUCUGUAGCUCUGCAAAAAGAGGUAUUUCAGGAGACUUUUCAUCCUCCCCAAGAACAUCGGGAAACUCCAGUGGUAGCAAAAGGUCAGUCUACCCCACUUAAAAAGCCUUGCAGUCCUGAAGAAGGGCCAAAAGCUCCACUCUUCAGUAACUCCCCACCAACCAAGGAUGAAGCCACAGAAAGCGAAGUGGACAGCUUAAAGUCAGAGGCACAAGCAGAGCUACAACAAGCCACAUCAAAGUCUCCCGUUCCAGCAGAGCCGAUAACAGGUGUCCAGCCUCCUGUGCAUACUACACAAAGUGCUAUGGAUGGGGCCAAGAGUCUUUCUGAAUCUACUUCUGGACAGAGGAUAGUAGUACCGCCUGCUGCUCGCCAUUUUUGCUUUUCUAUUGAUUUAAGAAGUAUCCAAGAUGUUGAUGCUGGAUUCCCCAUAAACUGUGUUCUAAGAUACACUUACCCAUUUUUUGGAAGUGCUGCACCUAUUAUUACCAGCCCUCCAGUGGAAGUACGAAAAAAUAUGGAAGUUUUUCUACCUCAGUCAUACUGCGCAUUUGAUUUUGCAUCGUUGCCUCAUCAGCUUCAAGAUACAUUUUUCAGGCUUCCGCUGCUUGUUGAAUUAUGGCACAAAGAUAAAAUGACCAAAGACAUUCUACUUGGAAUAGCAAGACUUCAGCUGUCUAAUGUUUUGAGUUGUGAAAAAACCCGCUUUUUAGGCCCUCAUGGUGACCAGUGCUGGCGUCAGACCUUCAGUGAACGCACUCCAUUUACUGCCAUUGAAGGGACCAAGAACAAGAUUGCCGAGCUUUCUUACACAAUAUCUUUGGAGGACUAUGGUUUAGUGAAAAUUCGGGACGUUGUGGUUUCAGAAUCAACUCAGAGUUCAGAGCCUCCAAAAAUGUCUCCUCCAGUUCAGCCUACACAAAUUACAGAAUCCCCUCCCAAACCACGAGAAACUCUUGAAUACAAAGCUGCGCUUGAGCUGGAAAUGUGGAAAGAAGUUCAGGAGGAUCUUUUUGUAAACCAGCUAAAAAAGAAAGAACUGGCCCACAUGCAAGCUCUGGCAGAGGAAUGGAAACGAAGGGACAGAGAAAGAGAAGCAUUAGUGAAGAAGAAGGUAGCAGAAUAUUCAGUUUUGGAAGAACAAUUACAGAAAGCUUUAGCAGAAUUAGAGAAGAGGGAGCGACAACUUGCCAGUGAUGAAAUUGAGUUGAGAAAAAGGAAAGCAGAGCUCCAGUUAGAUGGUGAGCGUAGUCUUCAGGAGAGACAAGAUUCUAUAAGAAGAGUGCGUGAGGAUUGUGUGCAUCAAAUAGAGCUAGAGAGGUCAAAGGCCAAGCAGCUGGAGGAGGAAAAGCUCCGCCUGCAUCAGCUGCUUCAAGAAGCAGAGCACAAAUUCAGGUUACUGGAUAAGGAGUUUCAGCAAUAUAAAGAGCAGCAAAGUACUAAACCCGAAAUCAGACUACAGGCUGAAAUAAAUCUGCUCACACUAGAAAAGGUCGAACUUGAAAGGAAGUUGGAAUCGGCAACAAAAUCUAAACUGCAUUAUAAGCAACAGUGGGGAAGAGCUUUAAAGGAACUUGCAAGGAUAAAACAGCGUGAACAAGAAAAUGCCAUGGCGCGGCUGAGGAAGCAGCAGCAGGAGCUUGAACAAAUGCGACUGCGCUAUUUGGCAGCCGAAGAAAAAGAUGUGGUGAAGACAGAACGCUUGGAACUAGAGGAAAUCAGAAAUGAACUUAACAAGUUGAAACAACAAGAAGAAAGAAAACCGUUCCCUGACACACAUGCUGGUGCUAAUGAGAGGAAAGAGAACGCUAAGGCUAGAUUACAAGAUGACGGUCUGGAUGAUUAUCUGUCUCGUCUGAUAGAAGAGAGGGACACACUGUUAAGGACUGGAGUGUAUACCCAUGACGAUCGCAUUAUAAGCGAACUGGACAGACAAAUUAGAGAAGCCAUGUCAAAAAGAAGCAGUAGAUAAUAGGUGUGUUAGUGUCAUUCUCUAGUCUUUUGCAGUGCAGCAUUAACAAUAUAGAUCAAUUUUGUGCCAUUUGUUGUUAAUUUUAUAUUUUUCUAAAAUGUUAUUUUAACUGUCACUUUUUGUAUUGUAAAUACUGAAAAGUUCUUAUCAAAUUUAUAUUCAUAACAGAUUUUAUCUAUUUUGCUUGUUUGUUGAUCCAUUUUUAAUAUCUUCUUAAUGAUUUGCAUUUUCCCAUAGAUGCAUAUUUUCAAUAAGCUAUAGAUGAUGUAUAUAAAACAUACUUCAAAACCAACCGAAAUCCGCUACCUGUAAUGUUUAGAGCUAUUUUCUUAUUUAUUAAGAAUUAUAAAGUGGCUUCAACAUAAACAAACCACACAUUUGGAGGUCAAAAUUCAACUUAAGUCAGCUACCCCUGGAGUCGGUGCAGGAAUCGCUGUAUAAUUCUUAAUAAAUGAUCAGAUCACUCUUGAGUGCCUCAUUUUUUUUAUGAAGUUUACAUUUUGGCUUCCAAAGCCUUGUUUGGAAUUGCAGCACCUACUGGAAUUUUAAGUCUGUGCUUUAAUCUAAACACUGUUGAUGUAUGUAGCAUUGUCAUAUAAAUGUGUAUUAUAAAUAUACAAUUCUGUAUUACUUUGUACAGAGCAUUCUAUUGUAAUUAUGUGAAUGAUGUGAAAUUAAAUAAAUACAUUUAAAAAAAA